CGCUAAUUACUGACUGGGACCCGCCUUGCGCCUGUUGCACUCAAGCUGCACUUCAGAGCUAAUCCCAACCGUCCUACUCAACCGCGUCUCGUGCCCACCUGCAAUCCAAAUCAUGUUGGCCUCUGUGAACGGGAACUCAUCCUCGAGUGAUUGGCCAGGGAGAUACUAUCAUGUGGACCAGGUACUGGACACCCCAGGUCCUCGGACAGACCCUUCAUUCCUGGCGGGCGAUGGGGUCAAGGAUUUCUUGCGCAAUCAAUGCAAAAUCCUCGUUAUCGGUGCAGGAGGCUUGGGCUGCGAGAUCCUAGCGAAUCUUGCAUUGUCAGGAUUCAAAGAUAUCCACGUUAUAGACAUGGACACGAUCGACAUCAGCAACCUGAACCGCCAGUUCCUCUUCAGGCCAAAGGAUGUUGGUAAACCCAAGGCAAUUGUCGCCGCGGAGUUUGUCAUGAACAGGGUACCAGGUGUGAAAGUUACUCCGUAUUAUGGCAAGAUUCAGGACAAGGACGAGGAGUACUACAUGCAAUUUAAUCUUGUCAUUUGUGGUCUCGACUCAGUAGAAGCGCGGCGAUGGAUUAAUGCCACGCUCGUCAACAUGGUAGACCCAGAAAAUCCCGAGAGCCUGAAACCUUUAAUAGACGGUGGCACCGAAGGAUUCAAGGGUCAGGCUCGCGUGAUUCUACCCACCAUUACGUCAUGUUACGAAUGCUCGCUCGACAUGCUUAACAAACAAACUGCAUUCCCCAUCUGUACCAUCGCAAAUACCCCACGUCUGCCGGAGCAUUGCAUAGAAUGGGCGUCAGUGCUAGAGUGGCCUCGUGUAUUCAAAGACAAGAAGAUGGACACUGAUGACCCAGAGCACAUUAACUGGCUAUAUAUUACUGCUUUGAAACGCGCUAAGGAGUUCAAUAUAGAGGGCGUCACAUGGUCGCUUACGCAAGGAGUGGUAAAGAAUAUCAUCCCAGCCAUAGCAUCGACGAAUGCCAUCAUCGCGGCAUCGUGCUGCAAUGAGGCAUUCAAGAUCGCAACAAGUUCUGCGGCAUACCUGAACAAUUACUUUAUGCUGAUCGGCACGGAAGGAGUAUAUUCGUAUACUUUCGAGCACGAGAAGCGUGACGACUGCCCGGUUUGCGGAGGCCAGACAAUGGACAUCACGAUUAGCAAGGACUGGACCGUCGACCGGCUUAUCGAGAUGCUGGUUGAGAGACAAGACAUUCAGAUCAAGAAGCCUUCGCUGUCGACGCCGACGAAGCAGAUAUAUUUCCAGGCGCCGCCUCAGCUCGAGGAAGCUACGCGACCAAACCUGGAAAAAAAGGUAUCGGAGCUAGUACCUGACGGGGGAGAGAUGACGAUCACCGCCACCACGCUGCCCUUCAGUCUGUCUUUGCGUGUGAAGUAUGCAUAGAAAUAACAUCCACACUCUUAAUCCUGGUUGUAGCGUUACAAUGUCGUGCAGCUCAUGUAUAGUAUAUUUCGCAACCGGCUCGUCUUGUCUCUGCACGUCGAAUUCGGUGGCGAUACAUCAUCGUGUCAUGG